AUGCGUUUCUCCAACUUCGCUCUCGCUGCCUUCUCUUUUGGCUCUGCCAUCGCCGCCCCGGCUGCUCACCAGAACAAUGCUCGUGCCCUCGAGAUUCUCGCCACUGCCACUGCUACUGUCGGCACUGUCCAGAAGACCGUUGACGGUGAACUCAAGUCUAUCACCAGCCUGUUGGACGUCAACGUCAGCCUCAACACUUCUGCUCUGAUCCCCCAGCUCGAGCACGCUCUCCUCAACAUUGCCGGCGAGGUUACCAAGAUCGUUGGCGAUGUCACUCCCCUCGUUACUGAGGAUAUCCCCAAGUUGCUUGACACUGAGCUUAAGGCUGUCCCUGAGCUACUGAACGGCGUGCUCUCCAUCGCUACCGGUGUUAAGGCUACUGCUGAUCAAAUCACCAAGACCGUCCCUGCUGAUGUCCUUAAGGCUGUCCAGCCUGAGCUCCAGCUUGUCCUCUCUACCGUCGAGCCCGUUGCCAAGCCCGUCCUCGGCUUCGCCCUUAAGGUUGUUGGUGGCGUCGUCGGUCCUCUUGCUGAUGAGAUCAACGGCCUUGUUGGUCAGCUCCAGGGUGUUGUUGGCGGCCUUCUCAAGAUCGUCGGUGGCAUCCUCGGCAGCAUUCUAUAA